CGGCGCGUUAUUGCAAUGGUGGUACUGGCUCAUGCGUGUGUAUUCGGCUUAUUGUUAUGCGUUGAGUGUUGUUUCCUAUGGCCCAGAUGGCAGACAAUAUUGCUGCUGGUGGGGCGAUGGGUGAGGAUGCUGUUCAGCCUUAUGGGAUGCAUGUAUCUUCGCGCUACUUGGAUCUUACGAAGCGGAAGCUGGAGUUGACGAGGUUGCCGAGAGAACUGCAGCUGCCAGAGAAGAGGAGGUGGGAUUAUGGGACGCCGAAGGCUGUUCUGGAGCCGUUGAUUGACUUUUGGCUUGAGCAGUACGACUGGCGCACCCAGGAGUCACUUUUCAACAACGCACUCCCGCAGUUUCGGACGACCGUUCAUCUAGCACUAACCGAAGCCGAAGAUGUAGUCCAUACCUCAGAUGCGACGCCUACACAGGCCACUUUCUCCGAGUUGAAUUCGCCCCAGCAGAUCAACUCUCCAACAACACCAUCCCAUCCAGCUCUUGCAACACCUACCGCAAUCGACUCUUCAUCAUCAUCGACUCAUCCACCCCUACGUGUUCACUUCGUCCAUAAGCGCAGCACACAUAGGAAUGCGAUUCCGCUCCUGUUCUGCCACAGCUGGCCAUCAUCUUUCGUGGAGCCCUACAAGAUCAUCGACGCGUUGACGGAUCCAGUCAGCUUGCCUAGCUAUGGAACGGGAGCCCAGCAGGCAUUUCACGUCGUUGUGCCUAGCAUACCGGGUUUUGGCUUUAGCGAUGCAAGUCCAGUGGAAGGUUUCGGGCUCCGAGAGACAGCGAACGCAUUCCACGAAGUAAUGGCGAGACUAGGGUACGCGGAAAGUGGCUAUGUCGUUUGCGGCUCUGGAUGGGGCUUCGCCGUCUGCCGUGCGUUAGCGAUCUACCACCCACAACAUUGUCUCGCGAUCCACACCACCAAUCCUUCGCUGGUAGCACCGACAGCCAAGAAGAGCCCGAUGGCGUGGUUGAAGUACCAUGUUGCUCGUGUAACGAAGGCGCGAAUAUCCUUUUUGAGUUUCGGAUACAUUCCCUCGGACUUCGCUCGACCUAAAGCUUCGAAAGCCAAGCCACAACAGGACCUGAGAAUGCUCGGUGAUAGAUUCGAUUCUUCGGAAGCGACUCUUGCCUCUCAAUAUAGCCAGCGCCCCCAGACAGUCUCAUACUCACUUUGCGACUCGCCAGCUGGACUGCUCUCAUGUGUUCUUGACGCAGUACAUUCACGCUCUAGUUCAACACCUCAGUCGUCACAACAACGCUCGCCUUUCCUGUCCCCGGCGGAACUUGUAAGGAACGACGAUGUCGAGAUGCAAAUUCAGGAAAUGCCUCGACCGGAGAUCCCCAUGAGCCCGCGCGAGAGCGAGACGAAUGGAAGUGACUACACUUGGACACCAACAGAGAUUCUCUCGUGGACAAUGAUGCAAUGGCUACCGGGUCCAGAAGCCGGUCUGAGAUGGCUCAAGCAAGCAACUCUGGACUCUGCACUGGACCAUCCGAGCUUCUGGCAGUACUGUCCUGUUCCCCUUGGCAUCAGCCACUUCCGGCGCAGAGGUGGUACGGACGAGGAUAGCCCUCUCAUGUGGGCUACAUCCUCUCAUAAACUUGAGUGGGUAAAGAGGCACCGACGCAGUGCGCGAUGGCCUGCGUGGGAGACGCCAGAUCUAUUGGUACUAGAUCUCAGAGAAUGCUUUGGGGGCAUGGCCGAAAGAGGACUAGUGCGGCUACGGAAAGAGGAAGGAGAAUGAUUCCUGUACAGCUGAGAGGACGAACGAAAGCGGUGUCCGAACUAAGAACAAAGGCAUGUGGGACGUGGGGUUGCUAUGCAUUUGGACGCGAAGGACAGGGAGCUGCGGGUGGAUACGGCGUCGCGGGUGAAGUAAUUAAUCUGGGGCUGGGCUUUGGACCAGGAAGCAAAUGCUGACCGAGGAAUACGGCUGAGUGUAUACAUAUGGGUCUUUUGGCGUAUCUGGAGUUCGGAAGAGGAUACUUGAAGGAAGAUAUACGAGGGCCUCAGGGGGCUUACGAAUGCCACGAAGGAUAAAUGCUUAAUACGUAAUGGCAAAUCAUAGAUACCUUUAACUAUCCAUGCGA